AUGCCUCGAUCAAUCCCCUCCAAACUCCCAUCUGCUCCUUCGGACAUUGAACAUGCCUCCACCGGCGACGAGAACCGAAGGACCAGCGCUCAAACGGCUCCGCCCUCACCGUCCGCCUUCCGACGCUCUCAUAGCCAGCGUUCAGAAGCCCACAUCGGUUACGAGACGCUGGAACCUCCAUUGGAAGUAGGGGAGACGACCACUCUGCUACCGAAAGGGCACGACCGCCGUCGCAGCUUUCCGCGAUCCUACACCAAUAUCUCCGGCAAUUCGGGUCACGAUCUCACCUUCAGACACAGCUUGUUGGCAGGCAGCCUCCGGCGAUCACGCCAUCACAGCCGCGCUAAUUCGCAGGCUAUACGGUUUAGCCAACGCGACAGCGUCAACGGCGAUUCCGCUGCAAGUUUCGGUCCCCCGGCCAAGGACGAUAUGACCAACUCGUUUCUGGAUGAACGGAGUUGGUACGACCAGUUCACAUCGACCGACUGGGUACAUGAUAGCAUCGCGGACGGUGCACGGCUACGAGAGUUGCGCAGGCGGAAAGACAUCCGGGGUCGCCUGCUGGCAUGGUUCGAUGGCAGCCAGGGCUGGGUCCUGGUCGCAUUGAUCGGCUGCAUAACCGCGGCCAUUGCUUUCUCUGUUGACGUGACCGAGAAGUUCAUUUUCGACGUGAAGGAAGGCUUCUGCACUACCCGCUGGUUUCAUAGCCGGCAAAGCUGCUGCACAGGAGGACAGGAAUGUCCUGCCUGGCGGUCAUGGUCAAAUAUCUUGAGCCCGUCAGGCAGCGAAAACCAGUGGGUCGACUACAGCAUGUUUAUCUUUUGGGUCAUACUCCUCUCCAUGAUCUCAUGCGCCCUCACCUUGCUCACGAAGACGGUGGUACCGUCGUCCAUCUCGUUGACGACUUUGGAUGAGAACCUUGGAGCUGCAUCGUCCCGCAGUACGAAGGGAAAGACUGGCAAUGCCAGUUCUCACGACUCGCCAAGCGGUCUACAAGCACAGGGUGACUUUCUCCCCACUCGUCCGGCCAUGACAUACUAUUCCGCAGCAGGAAGUGGAGUGGCCGAGGUCAAGGUCAUCAAUAGCGGCUUCGUCUUGCACGGUUAUCUAGGCUUCAAGACCCUCGCCAUUAAGACCAUCGCUUUGGUCUUUAGUGUCGCGUCAGGCCUGAGCUUGGGCAAAGAGGGUCCGUAUGUACACAUCGCAACCUGCGUAGGAAAUAUCUGCUGCCGCCUGUUUGCCAAAUACAAUCACAAUGACGGCAAGAGACGUGAGGUGUUGAGCGCAAGUGCUGCAAGUGGCGUCGCAGUAGCCUUCGGAGCCCCUAUUGGAGGUGUGCUCUUCAGUCUGGAGGAAGUCAGCUAUUAUUUCCCGCCCAAGACGCUGUUUAGGACGUUCUUCUGCUGCAUUGCGGCAGCUCUGUCUCUCAAGUUCCUCAAUCCCUACGGCACGGGCAAAAUUGUCUUGUUUCAGGUCCGCUACCUGGGCGACUGGGAGAUCUUCGAGAUGGUUAUCUUCAUCUUGCUAGGUGUGCUCGGAGGAGCCGCCGGUGCUCUGUUCAUCAAAGCCUCCAGCCUCUGGGCGCGAUCGUUUCGACGCAUUCCGAUCAUCAAGCGUUACCCCAUGCUUGAAGUUGUGCUUGUGGCCCUGGUGACUGGUCUCGUCGGGUUCUGGAACCGAUACACCAAGCUGCCUGUUUCUGAGCUGAUGUUCGAGUUGGCCAGCCCGUGUGACCAUGUGUCGUCAUCCCCCACUGGGCUGUGCCCCAGCGAAGAUAGCAUUGGUGAGAUUAUUCGCUAUCUCCUUGUUGCGCUCGUCAUCAAGAGUCUUCUCACGAUCGUCACGUUCGGCAUCAAGCUGCCUGCUGGUAUUUACGUUCCGUCCAUGGUCGUCGGUGGUCUCAUGGGCCGGAUUGUUGGCCAUGUUGCACAAUAUUUGGCCCUCAAAUAUCCAACCUCGUUCCUGUUUGGGUCUUCCUGCCCAGCCGCUACUGGCAUGGAGUCAUGCGUAACACCGGGUGUCUAUGCCAUGGUUGCGGCCGGUGCAACCAUGUGUGGUGUCACACGCCUGUCGGUGACACUGGCCGUCAUUCUCUUCGAGCUGACCGGCAGUUUGGAUCAUGUGCUUCCCUUCUCACUGGCCGUUCUCUGCGCCAAAUGGACUGCAGACGCAAUCGAACCCCGCAGUAUCUACGAUCUCCUGACGGACAUGAACGCCUACCCGUUCCUCGACAACAAACUUCAACCCAUGUCAGACGGUCAACUCGGCGACCUCGUUCGGCCCGUACGAGCCAGCCGGGUCAUCGACAUUUCGGACUCGCCCUUUGUGCCCGCGACAGAGCUACGAUCGAAACUACAGAGUCUGCUCAUUGCUGGCGAGCUGGACAGUGGCUUGCCGAUCUUGCGCCAUAACAUUCUGACGGGGCUGAUUCCUGCGCCCGACCUUGAAUAUGCGCUUGACAACCUGGAGGAUGAGGAGAACACUCUGUGUCUGAUGACCAUGGAUGUGUCCUCGGCUCUAUCCGACAACGAAGAUCUGGAAAAUACCGACUGGGUGGACUUCAAUCAAUACAUCGAUCCCUCACCUAUGGCCCUCGAUAUUCAUUCUCCGAUCGACCUCGUGUAUCAAUGCUUCGCCAAGCUGGGCUUGCGCUACCUGUGUGUUCUCCACGACGGACAAUAUGCGGGAUUGGUGCAUAAGAAGGCGUUUGUGAAGUUCAUGAAGCAGAACGAAUGA